CAGCAACAUCAGCUCAAGCAGCAGCAACAUGAGCAAAAACAGCAGCAACAAUUGGAGCAACAGCGAAAGAAGCAUGAGAAAAAAGAGGAGAAGAAAGAGGAGAAACGAGAGGAGCAGAAAGUAGAGAACUCAGAGGAAAAGCUGGAGAAGAAAGAAGAGAAGAAAGAGGAAGAAACGGAACCACCUGUCAAAGAGGAUGCAAAGAAAAAGCAAAGAAGACGACGCAAAAACGAGCUGGCAGCAAUUGUUGCUGAUCAAUUGUUGGAGAGUUUUAAAAUUGACAAUGCGCGAAGAGAUAACCUCAAGAAAUUAGAGAAUUUGGCCUAUGAGAAGAGCGAGGAUCUGUUGCUGACGGGCAUGUUGCUGAUGUCGAGCACCAAACGCAAUGCAACACUACAACACCAACAGACGACAGCAGCAGCAGCAGCAGCAACAACUGUUGGCAGCGAUGCCAAACGCAGUAAAGUGGAGCAACAACAGCAACAAGAGGCAGCAACGCCAGCAACAACAACAGCAACAGGAGGGCGUGGCCGACCUAAAAGGCGUCAAAGUUGCUACUAUCGACGCGGUGGGCGUGGCAAGGCGGUGGCUGAGACAAAUAUAAGUGCAUUGAAAUCAUCGCUGGAAUCAUUUUCCAUUGGCAUUGAGAAGCAACUGUUGGCGAAGGAGGCGGCAACAGCAGCAGCAGCAGCAGCUGCUGCCAAAACGACCACGCCCACAACGAUACUACGCCCCAGCAUCUUGUGUACGGCAGCGAAGGAGCAAAAGCAACAACGCGAACAGCAGCAGCAACAGCUAACGGCAACAGUUGCUGCUGCUGCUGCUGCUGUGCCAACAUACAGUCGUGAUCCGCGACUUAAUAAAAAUAUACACAAGGAAACGCCAGCAACAGCAGGCUCAACACAGCAGCAACAGCGACGAGAGCAACAACAGCAGCAGCAGCAGCAGCAGCAACAAGAGCCACCACAACAACAACACGAGCAACUGGAAGAAGAAGACAACUAUUUAACAGAAAUAGCGAAAAAUGUGAACGAGAAAAUCAUGUCGGCAACAAAUGAAGAUUUCGAAUUUGCCAACGAUGAAUUCGAUGCUGAAAAAGAGCAUGAACAAGGCGAUGAUAAAUUCUAUAGACCACCGACAUCGAUGAGCGUGAGAAGCGCACCAAAUCUCAAUGAUGAGCAUUCGCAUUUCGGCAGCGAUGAUGAUGAUGAGAAUACAAAUACGGAAAUGCUGGACAUGGAUCUCGAUGAUGAGAUGAGUGUGUAUACAAGUUAUAGUCAAGAUUUGGGUCGAAUACGACGUCGACGCAGACGACGACGUAGUGUAUUAUUAACGAGAAGACCCAAAAAGAGGCGGCCACAAUUGGCUGAGGGCGGGGAUAAGUUUGAUUGUCAGCUGUGUGGCAAGAGUUUCUUUAGUGCAACAUCAUUGUCCAAGCACAACAUGACAUUGGCCCAUGUCUCCAAAUUGUCCGAGCUGGAGUAUUUGCAGAGCAAAACAAUAGCAGCAGCAGCAACAACUGUUGUUGCUCCUCAAGCUGCCACAACUGCAACAGUUGCAGCCGUAGCACCAUUGCAACAGCUGCGUGCCUCGGUUGUUGUUGCAACUGUUGCUGCUGCUGCUGCACCAGUUGUUGCUCCGAUUGCAACAGCAACUCCAUCUCAUGUCAUCACCGAAGAGAGUCUGCGUCUACAUGACAACCAACAACAACAACAGCAGCAGCAACAUCAUCAACAACAGCAGCAGCAGCAGCAGCAACAUCAACACUAUCAACAACACUCUAGUCCCGCCCACAGCGACGCCCGCCUUAAUCUCAAUCCCGACGAGCGUCUCUUUUAUGAAUGCUGCAACAUUUUGAAGAGCGCAACAACAGCAACAACAACAACAACAGCAGCAGCAGCCACAACAACAAGAACAACGAAUCCCACUUUGAAUUCGAAUGCGAAUGCGAUUCCAAUUGCAAUGACAAAUUCCAAUCAGAAUCAUCAAACGCAUUCCAAUUCAACUCCAACUGUGAUUGUCAGCGCGGGAGGGAGAAAGAAUGCGGAAGAGAGAGCGCUCAGAACAGAGAGAGCGACGACGCCGCCAGCAACAAGAGCAACAACAACAACGACAACACCUGCCACAGUUCCCAAUUCAGUUACAGUUCCAGUUCCAGCACAAGUUCCAGCUCAAGUUCCUGCUGUCUCCCAUCAGCCUGUUAUACAGCAGCUGUUUCGGAAUCCGCCCGCAGCCACGCCCACGCCAACGCCCACUAAUCAGCAACAACAACAUGCACAUUCACAACAUCAUCAUCAUCAUCAGCAACAUCAACAUCAACAUCCACAUCAACAUCAACAUUCUCAACAUCAUCAUCAGCAACAUCAGCAACAUUCUCAACAUCAUCAUCAGCAACACGGAUUAUCACCAAACUAUUCGGCAAUGUCGCAAUUCUCAUCGGUGACAAACAUGACAACAUCGAGAUUCAAGACGAAAGCAGCAAUGAAAGGAUACGAAACGAAUCUGACGAUGACAAAUGUGAAUCUAACGAAUGUGAAUGUGAAUCUGCAAGUGGAUGUGCAGGUGGAUGUGAAUGUGAAUGUGGAAUUGGGCAACAAAUCAACGGGACGUGGUGUCUGCAAGUUGACCGAAUUGGCGGACAUAGCACUGGGAAGCGAGAAGCCACCAGGUGUGGAUUAUAUAACCACGCCCAGCACAAAUGAACAGCUGGAGGAGCAGGACGAGGGAGUGGGAGUGGCAAUUGGUGGAGUAGGACCAACUGCAGCAGGAGCAGCUGGAGUCGGAGUGGGAGUGGGAGCAGGUGGAACGAUAGCCAUACCAACCGCUGCCGAGCCAAGUACAACAUUACCGCCCGUUUCCGGCCGGAUUAUCAUACCGGAGCGUCCGUUCAAGAACAUCGGAUUGGAGGAGAAGGCAACCAUAACGUUCCAAAAGCCAAAGACAACAAUGAAUCUGCUGACGGAGGACAAUAAUAGUGUGUCCACAGCCAGUUACUCGGAUCGUGAUGAUUACGACUUUGGCACCUUGAGCUGUGAGGAGGAGGUGGAGGAGCGCGAGGGCGAGGGCGAGGGUGAGGGUGAGGCAGAGGAAGCAGUGGAGCAAGUGCAAGUGAGCAGGAAACAAGUGAAAGGUGCAACAACUGGUGGCACCAUUGCCUGCACAACACACACACCCUGCAACGCCAGCAGCAGCUCCAGUUCCUCCUCCUCCUCCUCCGCCUCGACUCAAUCCUCGAGAUCCUCCAGCUCCAGUCGCGCCACUGCGAAAACCUUUGAAAAUAAAUCCCUAAUAAUGGGACGCAUUUUUAAGCAUGCCAAGGCAACGAAUGUGACGCCAUUGGCCACAGUGGUGCCGCUGAAGAGUGCACCCAAGGAUAAGGCACAGUUGGAUCAGCUAUUUGAUGAGCUGCGUGGCGCUCCCAAGCCACAGGAGGCAGUUGCUCCAAUUGCUGCGCCCGUGUCAACAGCAACAACAGCAGCAGGAGCAGCAGCAGCUCCUGCUCUUGUAGAGCACUGGCUGACGCCGCUUGUGCCGCUCCAGCAACAGCAAUUGGAGCCAAUGGCAGCGCCAGCAGCACCAACGCCACCAGCAGCGCCGCCAACAGCCGCUGCAGCCGGCACAGCAACAGCAACCAAGCGUGGCAAGGGCAAAAAAGCAGCUGGAGCAAGUGCAUCAUCAGCUCCGGCUGCUCCAACAGCACCAGCAGCAGCCACAAAAUCCACGGCUACGGCACGCCAAUCCAAACCACGCAAAGAUCUCAGCAAACUGCAAACGGAACUGGGCAUGACGCCGGAGGCACUGCAGCAGCUCAUCGAUGAGGGGCAACGCAAAUCGAAGCGACGCUGUGCCACCAAUCGUCCCAAGAAAUUGGUGGAAACCUGGAGCUCCGAUGAAUAUGAAGAGUUUCUAUCCACCAAGGAUAUCAUAGCGUUGAUUGAGCAAAAGGAGCAGCAGGAGCAGCGACGCAAGCGCAAGACAAGCGAGGCGAUUGCUGUCGAGGCACCACAGACGCUGGACAAAAAGGAGCUGGGCAAAAGUAAGAAAGCCAAAAAGUUGCAGCGGGAGCGGGAGCAGGAGCAGGAGGAGGAGUUGGUGACAACGCCAGCACAGCUAAGCAAACGCGCCAGGCAGCGUGUGGAGGCAGUUGCUCCAGUUGUUGCUCCCGUUGCUGCUGCGGGCAAAGCAAAGAAAACGCGUGCCAAAGCGGCGGCUAAAGCAAAGACAGCAACAACAGCAGCAGCAACAACAACAGCGGGCAGAAAACGUGGCAAGCAAAUGGAGCAGGAGCCAAUGCUGGCGAAGAUUACACAGCCAGCUGUGGACGCACGCGAAGAACGCGCCAGUCAACGCACGCGCAGUCGACGGCAGCAACAGGCAGCGGCAACAACAGUUGCACAGCAGCAACAGCAACUUAUGCAACCGCCGCAACAACAACAACAACAACCACAACAGUUGCAAUUGAAGCAAUUAAAGCACUGCCAGGAGCAGCAAAAGCCACGCAGCAGCAGCAGCGGAAGCAGCAGCAAUCGUAAUAACAACAACAACAACAUGAGCAACAUCAACAACAUUAACAACAUUAACAUCAUCAACAACAACAACAACAACAGCAACAAUUGCAACAAGAAUUUGAAAGCGAAACGCAAAUCACAAUUAAAACGUGAAUCGCCGGCGCGCCGGAAGCGACCGGCAAGCGAGAAGCAACUUUAUUAUUGGAGCAGCUCCAGUGAUGAUGAAUUUGGGCGCAUCGAUAAGGAAAAACAGGCAGCGGCAGCAGCAGCAGCAACAGCGGCAGCAAUUGCCAGCGAGGCACAGCAGCAGCAGUUGCAACAGCAACAGCAGCAACAACAACAACAAGUGGCGCCUAUUUAUGCACAGGUUAAUAAACAACACAAGCUGCACAAGAAGAAGCACAACAAUGAGACACAAUUGCUGCUGCAACUGGGCAACAACAACAGCAGCAGCAACAAUAGCAACAACAGCAGCUUUGAUCUCAUCGACAGCAGUGAAACAACAACAACAACAACAACAGUUGCAACUGCUGGAGCAACAACUAGUGAGCAUUGCAAUGAGACAACUAACAACACGGAAACAGAAUCAACAGCAGCAGCAACAAUUGCAGCUGCAGCAGCAGCAACAGCAACAACUGCUGCCAGCGAUUUGUACAAUGCGUCAGAGCAUUCAAUUUAUGCCAAGGUGUGGAAGGGACCCCGCAAAACGACUGAAUCCAAAAUCACACAUGAGGCAAGCGGUCGUCUCAUUCCAGCUGCAACACGCAACGACAAUAAACCGCAAGCAAUGAUUUUGCACGGAAAUCGAAAGUUUCGAACCUGCGGCAAAUGUUCCUACGCCUACAAUCGCCUCUGGUCCGAAUCCUGUGAGAUGUGCGACGCGGCGACAAACCCAAAUACAAACCCAAAUACAAACCAAAUGGCUUUACCUUCAACGGCAUCAGUGCCUCAUCCUCUGGCUGCUUCCUCUGCUUUAGUUGGUUUGGAGCCGCGUAGCGAUGAGCCUUGGACCUGUAAGAAAUGCACACUGGUGAACUAUUCCACGGCGAUGGCCUGCAUUGUCUGUGGCGGAUCGAAGCUGAAGAGCAUCUCGUCGAUCGAGGACAUGACACUGCGCAAGGGAGAGUUCUGGACAUGCAGCCACUGUACAUUGAAGAAUUCGCUAUCCGUGGGUCUGUGCAGUGCCUGCAAAUCGAUGCGUCUGCUGCCAGUGGAUUCAGUGCGCGAACGUCCCGAUGGCCAAUCCUAUGAGGAGCAGGAUGGCCAAAUGGGCAAUCAUGGUGUGGGUCAGACGAUGGGUGAAGUGGUGAAUGCGAAUACGAAUACGAAUACGCCAAUGCAGCUACAAUUGCCAAGGUUACAUCCAUCGCGUAGUCCAUCGCCAAGAGCUCUGCCCGCGGCAACAGCGCCAAUUUCCGUUGCAGUUGCUCCUCCUGCUCCGCAUGCUCCUUUAACUGGCGGACAACAGCAACAACAACAUCAACAGCUGCAGCUGCGCAGCUCCUCGGGCGCCAUUCCGAAGCGUCACAGCACCGGCGGUUCCAUAGUGCCACGCAAUAUCUCCAUAGCCAGCUCCAGUUCAGCCUAUAAUCUUCAACAGCAGCAGCAGCAGCAGCAGCAGCUGGUGAAGAAGUGGACAUGUCCAGCGUGCACCUAUGAGAAUUGUGCCGCCUCCGUUGUCUGUGACAUUUGCUCCAGUUCGCGAGGAUUAGUGAAUGCUGUGCUUACGGAUGCACUUACUCGCAAAUCCAUGCAAAUCCAUGUCCCGGAAAUCAGGCAGGAGAGCAAACUAAUGGAGAAUCUGCGACAGCUGGAGGAGACGGAGGCAUUAACCAAAUGGCAAAAUAUCAUACAAUAUUGCCGGGAUAACAAUGAGCUCUUUGUGGAUGAUUCAUUUCCACCGGCACCCAAGAGUCUGUACUAUAAUCCCGGCAGUAGCUGCCCCGACGGCACCAGCAAUCCCGUCGUGCAAUGGCGUCGUCCGCACGAGAUCAAUUGCGAUGGUGGCGCUUAUCCACCAUGGGCUGUGUUCCGAACCCCAUUGCCAUCGGAUAUCUGUCAAGGUGUCCUCGGCAAUUGUUGGCUGCUCAGCGCUCUGGCUGUGCUCGCCGAGCGUGAAGAUCUCGUCAAGGAGGUGCUGGUCACCAAGGAGAUUUGUGCCCAGGGUGCCUAUCAGGUGCGUCUCUGCAAGGAUGGCAAAUGGACGACGGUGCUGGUCGAUGAUUUGCUGCCCUGCGAUAAGCGUGGACACUUGGUUUACUCGCAGGCGAAGCGCAAACAGCUUUGGGUGCCACUGAUUGAGAAGGCGGUGGCCAAGAUUCAUGGUUGCUAUGAGGCUUUGGUUUCGGGACGCGCCAUCGAGGGAUUGGCCACGUUAACGGGUGCGCCCUGUGAGAGCAUUCCAUUGCAGGCGAGCUCAUUGCCCAUGCCCAGCGAGGAUGAGCUCGACAAGGAUCUGAUUUGGGCACAAUUAUUGAGCUCACGUUGUGUGCGAUUCCUGAUGGGUGCCAGCUGUGGCGGCGGCAACAUGAAGGUCGACGAGGAGGAGUAUCAACACAAGGGAUUGCGUCCCAGGCAUGCCUACUCCGUGCUCGAUGUCAAGGACAUCCAGGGACAUCGCCUGUUGAAGCUACGCAAUCCCUGGGGACAUUAUUCAUGGCGUGGCGAUUGGUCCGAUGAUUCGCAGCUGUGGACAGAUGACUUAAGGGAUGCCCUUAUGCCACAUGGCGCCUCCGAGGGCGUCUUUUGGAUCUCCUUUGAGGAUGUGCUCAAUUAUUUCGAUUGCAUUGACAUUUGCAAGGUGCGUUCCGGCUGGAAUGAGGUGCGUCUCCAGGGCACCCUCCAGCCCCUCUGCUCCAUCUCGUGUGUCCUGCUCACGGUGCUGGAGCCGACCGAGGCGGAGUUUACGCUCUUCCAGGAGGGACAACGCAACUCGGAGAAGUCGCAACGAAGUCAACUUGAUCUCUGUGUUGUCAUCUUUCGUACACGCUCUCCAGCGGCACCGGAAAUUGGACGCCUUGUGGAGCACAGCAAGCGACAGGUUCGCGGCUUUGUUGGCUGUCACAAGAUGUUGGAGCGUGAUAUUUAUUUGCUCGUCUGUCUGGCGUUUAAUCACUGGCACACGGGCAUCGAGGAUCCACAUCAGUAUCCACAAUGCAUCCUCGCCAUCCACAGCUCGAAGCGUCUCCUUGUCGAGCAGAUAACACCAUCACCUCAUCUUCUAGCGGAUGCCAUCAUCAGUUUAACUCUGACUAAGGGACAGAGACAUGAGGGACGCGAGGGCAUGACCGCCUACUACUUGACCAAGGGCUGGGCUGGCUUGGUUGUCAUGGUGGAGAAUCGUCAUGAGAAUAAAUGGAUACAUGUGAAGUGCGAUUGCCAGGAGAGCUACAAUGUGGUGUCCACGCGUGGAGAGCUUAAAACUGUGGACUCAGUGCCGCCACUGCAAAGGCAAGUGAUCAUUGUGCUGACACAGCUGGAGGGCAGUGGAGGAUUUAGCAUUGCACAUCGUCUGACACAUCGUUUGGCCAACUCGCGCGGAUUGCAUGACUGGGGACCACCUGGUGCCACCCACUGUCCGCCCAUCGAGAAUGUGCACGGAUUGCAUGCGCCACGUCUGAUAACAUAAUCAAUCGAAGGGAAGAUGAUAUUCAGUUGACAGAAUUAUUGUGAGAUUGGAGCAGCGUGAUAGAUGAGGAUAUUAGUUCAAAAACAAAAGCACACAAUAUAUAUUUAUAUCUAUGUGUAA